AUGAGGUGCUUAGUGCUGCCAUGGCUCAUCUUCACGAUAGUGUAUAGCUUGUGUAGUCUCAGCCUGCGCUACACCAGCCCCGGCCUGGUUACUGCGGGCAUCGGCGUGGCCGGAGUCGUGGUGCUGCUGCUCGCCUACUCCGCCCUGCAAAAUCUCAGGAACGGAGAAGAUGGGCAAUCCACCUGGUACUUCUUCCUGUUUCUCUGCAGUGCUGCAAAUCUUGCACUCGCGGUGGUUCUCGGCAACAUGAACUACAGGUCGAACUUGGUCCCAUUUAUGGAUGUGAACAAUAUGAACGAGUAUGACAUGAUCAACCCAGCUGACAGCAAAGGCAACCAGCUCAUGGAUGCUGGACGCAUUCAUUUCGUUCCAGAUGCAAAACUGGAUAUUGGGCACUCCAUGGGGUUCAGGAACUUGGACACCUACUGUGUGGCUCCCAUUACAGCUGGAAAUCAGGAGAACUAUGACUUCUGGGCAGUAGGCCUCAACUGCUGCUCUGGUCAUGUGGCAGACUUCCAUUGUGGCGAGUUUAACAAUCCCACGGCACACUCUGGGCUGCGGCUCAUGCGCGAUGAUUUGCGAUCCUACUUUCGUUUGGCUGUUCAGCAGGCGGAGGCUGCCUACAACAUACGUGCCAACCAUCCCAUCUUCUUCUAUUGGAUGCAGGAUCCGGCUACAGAGAUCAGUGCCUAUGAAAGUGCAGCUUACACAAACUGGAUGGUCGGUGUCUUCGUGGCGCUGGGUGUGCAACUGCUUCUUGUUGUGAUUGCCACCGUGGCAUUCGCCAAGUUAAGCUGA